CCUGGUCCUCCUCCUUCUGUUCUGAGCAUCCAUUUCCAUUCUCCCAUCUCCUUCAUUCAUCCGCUGCAUCCUGGACCUCUCCCCUUCUCCCUCAGCCCUGUUAACUGUCUGGUGGGGAAAGGGGUAUUUUUGCCUUAGAGGCGUAGGAUGCGACACAGGAGAGGACGCAAGGACUGCAGCAGAAAGGACUAUGAUUACCUUUUAGGAAGAACCCAUUGAGAAGGAAGGGACGCUGGAGGGGAGAGCCUAUAGAACAGCUGUGAUCACCUAGUAAAGGCUUGUCUCUAGCCACAGAGGACAGGAUAGAGGAAACCAAGUAGGAGACUGCAGCAGGCGGGAUGGAGUCUAGAUCUUAAGGAGAACUUCACCACAGCCGGGGAUUAUGGGAAGCAGAGUGUCCGGAGAAGAUCUGAAAAAUCUAUCUCUUCGUGUCCAGAGAUGGAUCCGGACUCCUUCCUGAAGUCUGCCCGGCUUCAGCGAUUGCCUUCAUCUUCCUCGGAGAUGGGCAGCCAGGACGGGUCACCACUUCGCGAGACGCGCAAGGACCCAUUCUCAGCUGCAGCAGCCGAGUGUUCCUGCCGCCAGGACGGGCUCACGGUCAUCGUCACCGCCUGCCUCACUUUUGCCACGGGUGUUACUGUGGCGCUGGUCAUGCAAAUCUACUUCGGGGAUCCCCAGAUCUUCCAGCAAGGUGCUGUGGUGACGGAUGCCUCCUGUUGCACGGCGCUGGGCAUGGAGGUGCUCAGUAAACAGGGCUCUUCCGUGGACGCAGCUGUGGCAGCAGCCUUGUGUUUGGGAAUAGUGGCUCCACACAGUUCUGGCCUGGGCGGGGGAGGCGUGAUGCUGGUACACGAUAUCCGCCGGAAUGAGAGCCACCUAAUUGAUUUCCGGGAGUCUGCACCUGGGGCCCUCAGAGAAGAGGCCCUGCAGAGAUCCUGGGAUACCAAGGAUUCUCCUUCCCAGGAACCCCCCUUCCCCCAGGACCCCUCCUCCUACCCCCAGGACCUCCUCCACCCCCUGCUCUCCGGCCCCCUCAGGCUGCCCUGGUCCCAAGUCCUGGCCUUCGCAGCAGCUGUGGCCCAAGAUGGCUUCAACGUGACCCAUGAUCUAGCUCAUGCCUUGGCUGAGCAGCUGCCUCCCAAUGCAUCUGACCGCUUCCUGGAAACUUUCCUGCCGUUGGGCCACCCACCUUUGCCUGGCUCCCUGCUGAGACGGCCUGAUCUCGCCGAGGUGCUGGAUAUACUUGGCAUCUCUGGCCCUGCUGCCUUCUACAAUGGUGGCAACCUCACGCUGGAGAUGGUGGCUGAGGUUCAGCAUGCAGGGGGUGUCAUGACCGAGGAGGACUUCAGCAACUAUAGUGCUCUCACGGAGAAGCCUGUGUGUGGAGUAUACCGAGGCCACCUGGUUCUCAGUCCCCCACCCCCACACACAGGCCCGGCCCUCAUCAGUGCGCUCAACAUCCUGGAGGGCUUCAACCUCACCAGCCUGGUAUCCCGCGAGCAAGCGCUUCACUGGGUAGCAGAGACCCUGAAGAUUGCAUUGGCCCUGGCUAGCAGACUGGGAGACCCUGUCUAUGAUUCUACCAUCAGUGAGAGCAUGGACGACAUGCUCAGCAAGGUGGAGGCUGCCAACUUCCGGGGCCACAUCAGUGACUCUCAGGCAGCCCCUGCCCCACUCCUGCCUGUCUAUGAGCUGGACGGGGCUCCCACAGCUGCCCAGGUGCUGGUCAUGGGCCCUGACGACUUCAUCGUGGCCAUGGUCAGCUCCCUGAAUCGGCCUUUUGGAAGUGGCCUCCUCACUCCCUCCGGGAUCCUUCUCAACAGCCAGAUGCUAGACUUCUCCUGGCCCAAUAGGACUGCUAACCACUCUGCACCCAGCCUGGAGAACUCGGUACAGCCAGGGAAGCGGCCCCUCUCUUUCCUUCUGCCCACUGUAGUCCGACCAGCAGAAGGGCUCUGUGGGACCUACCUCGCUCUGGGGGCCAACGGAGCUGCUCGAGGCCUCAGUGGCCUGACCCAGGUUCUACUGAAUGUCCUGACCUUGAAUCGGAACCUGAGUGACAGCCUGGCCAGAGGACGCCUCCACCCAGACCUGCAGUCCAACGUCCUGCAGGUGGACAGUGAGUGCAGAGCAGGUGAGUUCACCGAGGAAGAGAUUGAGUUCCUGGAAGCCAGGGGUCACCAUGUGGAGAAGGUAGAUGUCUUAUCCUGGGUCCACGGCAGUCGGAGAACCAACAACUUCAUCAUUGGUGUGAAGGACCCUCGGAGCCUGGAUGCAACCGGAGCCAGCAUCCUGUAGAGCAUUGGGGUGGGCGGGACCUCUGCUCCCCGCCUUUGCAUGUUCCCAGAGUCCCUCUCUCUCCCAGGUUUGGUCUCAGGGGGACCCCAUGGAUGCCUCAGAUCAGGGGCCAGAGGGGAUGCUUAGCAAACCCUAUCCCAGAGUAACUGGAAAAUUCUCCAACUGGAGGCCUUUGGCGGUAAUGAUGACAUCAGUGUCCAUGACCAGGCAGACAGGACCUUGAGGAGUCAGAUUGUCUGUCCGCCUCUUCUCCUCUCUCAGCCAUGCUAUCCUUGAGCUUAGGGAUGUGCUUGCAAACCCUUCUCAAGGGUCUCACAACCCCAACACCUUCAGACUGGUCUGACCCAGGCCUUGUCUUCCAGCUCCCUUUUCCUGUAUCUGGCCCCGUUUCUUAAGUGACUAGGAUUUUUUUUUAAAUUGGCCACUAUAGGGAGAGGUAAUCCUCCCCUUCCACCAGGUUGAAGCAGGGGCCUUGCAUUUGCAGGUUCCCAGGCAGCCGAGUAGGGGUGGGGGUGGGUAUCAGCUCAGGGGCUUCCAUUUGCAAUGGGGAAUUAAAGAAAGAAUAUUGCUUAA